AUGGGCUGGUGUGGGUGGAAGCAAGUAUGCCUUUUCCUCCUUUCUACACCUGCAGUUUCGUCGCGGUCCGCUCUUCUCGAGGAACAGUUGCCACCGAAUAUGCAUCUUCCUACGUCGCUCUUCCUGAUGCCGCUGGCGGCCCAAGCUGUCAAUGUUUUGCAGUCGAACGAUGAUGGAUGGGCUGAGAAGAACCUCCGCGUCUUCUACUACUCCCUAGUAGACGCAGGCUUCGACUCGAUCAUCUCCGCACCAGCAGAGAACCAGUCUGGACGGUCUUCACUCGAUGCGCCGCCGACUGAGGUCGAUGACGGUUGUGAGUUUAACUCAUGUCCACCUGGGAGUCCACCGACGGGGCGGAAUGAGAGUAUGCCUAGGUUCAAUGCGCAGAAGGGCGAGGAAGAGCUAAUCGAUCCGCAGUACGUGAACUCUUACCCGGUCACCGCGAUGAAGUAUGGGAUCAACACGCUGUCGGAGGAGUUCUUUGGUGGCGAGCCAGAUAUCGCUGUGGCGGGACCCAACGUCGGGUCCAACCUAGGCAUCAUAACCCAGUUCUCCGGCACCGUAGGCGCAGCCGUCGAAGCUGUCAAACAAGGCAUUCCAGCAAUCGCCUUCUCUGGCUCUUCUGGCUCUCAGACUGCUUGGAAUGCGCCCCUCGAAACCUACAUGUCAACAUACGCGGACCUUUCCACCACACUCACACAAGCAGUGGUCAACUCCGGUACCCCCUACCUACCAGGCGAUGUCUUCCUCAACGUCAACUACCCCGAGAUCGGCGACAACUGCCGCAAGCCGUCAGACUUCAAGUUUGUGCUGUCGAGGGUCAACAUCGCGGUUCCGUUUGUCACGCCGGAUGAUGUAGAGACUUGUGGGAAUGAUGGCAGGCUGCCGAAUGAGAGGGAUGUGAUUGGGACGGAUGGCUGUUAUGCUUCUGUCAGCGUGGGAGAUGCCAAUGACAAGACGACGGCGGGGAUCAAGGCGCAGAGGGUUGUGCUUGGGAAGUUGCAGAGCAUUUUGUCUUGCCUACCAGAGUAG